GCGCCCUUCCCGGGUCGGGUCGUCCGCACCUGCCGGGCCGCAGUCUGCCUUUGGCCCGACCUCCGGCGCCUGCCCUAGGGCGUGUUGCCUAGUCCUCCGCCCCGCGCUGGUAGGAAGUCCCCGUCACUGCUGCCUAAGGCCAGGAGGGCGGGAGCAGCACCUGGAAGAUGCAAGUGAAGGGUACAGGCAUCCUGAGAGCAGCACUCUUCAUCUCUGCCUCCACGUGCGCCUGGUACUUCGGGUACCUGGUGGCAGAGCUCAUUCCGGACGGCCCCCUGGCUACCGCUGUCUACAACAUUCGGAGCAUCGGCGAGAAGCCCGUCCUCAGAGCCCCAGCCCCCAAAAGGCACAAGUAUGACCACUGUCCCCCGAACACCUAUGCCUACUGGCUGCUCAGCGGCGGGAGCAAGAACAAGUACGCCAAGAUCUACUUUGAGAAUGAGCUGCUCAUAGAAGAAAUGACUGGAAAUGUUGGGAAAGGAAUAAAUAUUGCCCUUGUCAAUUAUACGACUGGGAAAGUGAUAGCAACACAAUAUUUUGAUAUGUUUCAAGAUGAUAACUCCGAACCGAUGACCGAGUUCAUUCAGGGCGCUCCUGCGAAGUCCCUGCUCCUCAUGAUGACCCACGACGAUGGCAGCAGUCGGCUGAAGGAGGACGCCAAGAAAGCCAUCGAAGCACUUGGAAGCAAAGAAAUCAGGAACAUACGGUUCAGGUCAAGCUGGGUGUUUCUCACGGCAAAAGGGUUUGACCUCCCUGCGGGAAUUGAGAGAGAGAAGAUCGACCACUCUAUUAAUGCAAAGAACAGAAACUUGGACUGGCCUGAAGAAAUACAGAUAAAAGGCUGCAUACCGAAGGAACCAAGCUAACAUUGUGCAG